GGGGAGGUGGAGGAGAUGGAGGAGGGGGACGCAGAGGGGGAAGGGCCCAUGGUGGUACGAGAGGGGCCGAGCGGUCAUGGACUUCCGUCGAACGCCAGCGGCAGCACCACCACCACCACCAACCUCCUGGCUUCUGUCAAAGAGCAGGAGCUUCAGUUUGAGCGGCUGACUCGGGAGCUGGAGGAGGAGCGGCAGAUUGUGGCGAGCCAGCUAGAGAGGUGCAUGCUGGGAGCUGAGUCCCCAGCAGGAGACAGUAGCAGCUCUUCGGAGAAGUCGUUUGCAUGGAGAUCAGCAGGCGGAGAGUCGCAGGGCGGAGUCCUGGAGGCGUCUGGAAGUCCUGGUCGUCACCUGGAGGGGGAGGAGGGACUCUACAUGCCUGAAGCGGACCGCGCCUCCCUGCAUGACAGUGAGGGCUCAGGAGGACACUCGGCUCAGAUGACCUCGUAUUCAGACAGUGGCUACCAGGACAGCAGUGUUAGUUAUUAUAGCAACCAGAACGUGGUGCGUUCAGAGCCCCGAGCCUCCAUAUCGAGGAGCCCAAGAGCUGAGGGUCAAGCUUCCGGGCAGGUGUCUGGCCGGAUGUUAAGGAGGAUGGCCUCCCUCCCCUCCAGGAGCCAGUCUCCUGGUGGCACUGCUGGCACUGUCUCACCCUCCCGCAUCUCCCUGCGAACAUCCCAAGGCAGCACUUAUGAUUCGCCCAUCCUCUCGGAGCCAAAACCUCUGGCCGCCGUAUUCCCCGGCACCAGCAUGCCGCCCUCCUGCCCUUCGCCAACGUCCCCGACUGACGUCACACAGGCCCUGGGUGGUGGGGGAGGAACUGUGAUAGGAGGAGGAGGAGGAGUUGGUGGACGUCUUGGCUCCACCCUCUCUCUGGUGGAGGGGAGGGGUUUGACGGGGUCACCGCUUCGUUCGGGGAUGACGGCGGUGCCGCAGCACUAUGGCUCCACGCUGCCCAGGCAGAGCCAGCCACUGGCCUACGGAGCAGAUCCAUACGGCCUGUACCAGAGGAGCGCACUGCCCCGCCCCGACAGCCUCAUAGGGCUCCACAGCUCAUACGCCGGUCACGGGGGGCAGAUAGAUCCAGAGCUGAGGGCAGCGUUGUCUCCAGACUGUCACAUGACGCCUGUUUUUGAUGAACGCUCCUUCCACAGCCCCUUGUACCACAGCCCCACCCACGACCCCCAGGGCUCCCUCUACAGGACUAACACAGGUAUGGGGACGCUCCCUCGGACCACAAGCCACUGCGGCACGCUGCCGUACCAAAGAAGCAGCUACGGGCUGAGCACUGCAGCUCUGUACGUCGACUCCUACAGGGUUCCCGGCGAGCCCGUCUUCUCCCACCGCCACUCUGGACUGAUGGACCGGGUGGCCACGCGCACGCCGUCCAUCGAGAGCAUCCAUAAGGACCCCAGGGAGUUUGCUUGGCGUGACCCCGAGCUGCCAGAGGUCAUCCACAUGCUGCAGCAUCACUUCCCCUCUGUCCAGGCCAACGCCGCCGCCUACCUGCAGCACCUGUGUUAUGGAGACAACCGGGUCAAGGUGGAGGUAAGCAUCAAACUGCACAGUGAAGCUCAAGCAUCACACUGCGUCCUGUGGAACCUCUCUUCAUGUGACGCAGUGAAGAUGACCAUCAUUCGCGACGCUCUGACCACGCUGACCAACACGGUCGUCAUCCCCCACUCGGGCUGGAGCAGCGUCUCGCACCGCGACGAGCACAAAGUCAAGUUCCAGUCCUCCCUGCUGUUGCGUAACACCACCGGCUGCCUGAGGAACCUGAGCUCAGCAGGAGAGGAGGCGAGGAGUCAGCUGCGUUGCUGUGAAGGUCUCGUCGACUCGCUGCUUCACGUCCUCAAAGCCUGCGUUAACACCUCCGACUACGACAGCAAGAUCGUGGAGAACAGUGUCUGCACCCUGAGGAACCUCUCGUACCGGCUGGAGGUGGAGAUGCCCUCCUCUCGUCUCCUCGGCAACCAGGAGCUAGACACCCUGCUUGGCUUCUCCUCCCCAGCCAAGGAGCUGGACUACCUCUGCUGGGGCAAGAGGAGGCGUGGCAGGAAGCGGGGCGGCUGGCCCGACGACAAGUGGGACGGCGUUGGGCCGAUCCCGGGUUUCUCCCAGUCUCUGAGGGGGGCAGAGCUGCUGUGGCACCCGAUGGUGGUGAAGCCGUACCUCAACCUGCUGGCUGAGAGCUCCAACCCCGCCACCCUGGAGGGCGCCGCCGGGUCGCUGCAGAACCUCUCUGCUGGAAACUGGAAGUUCUCAGCGUACAUCAGAGCAGCGGUGCGUAAAGAGAAAGGUCUGCCCAUCCUGGUGGAGCUGCUGAGGAUGGACAACGACCGGGUCGUCUGCUCCGUCGCCACUGCUCUCCGCAACAUGGCACUGGACAGUCGCAACAAGGAGCUGAUAGGAAAGUACGCCAUGCGGGACCUGGUGAACCGGCUGCCCGGCGGCAGUCCGUCGGUGCUGUCAGACGAUACGGUGGCGUCAGUGUGCUGCACGCUGCACGAGGUCACCAGCCGCAACAUGGAGAACGCCAAAGCUUUAGCCGACAGCGGAGGCAUCGAGAAGCUGGUGGACAUCAGCAAAGGUCGAGGGAAAGGGUACUCGAUGAAGGUCGUGAAGGCAGCGGCUCAGGUGUUGAACACGCUGUGGCAGUACAGGGAGCUGAGGAGCCUCUACAAACAGGACGGCUGGAACUACACUCACUUUGUCACUCCCGUCUCCACUCUGGAGCGAGACCGCUACCUUUCACAGCCGACCCUGCCCACCAGCCCGCUGCAGAUGUCCCCCGUCAUCCAAUCAGGUGGUAGCGCAACAUCCUCGCCAGCGAUGCUCGGGAUAAGAAGACACAGUACAAACUAUCAGAGGGCACAGUCAUCUAUGCAACUCGACACGUAUUAUGGAGACAACAGUUUACACAAACGGCAGUACACAGGGUCUGAGAAGAAAACUCCAUAUUUCAUUGGGACAUAUUCUUCCCAGUCAGGAGAGGAUUUGAGAAGGUCCCAGCACACAGAGCCAUUUUACGACGAGCCCGACAGGAAGAACUACAACAGCUACAGAAUGUACCUGUCAUCCCCUCAAGGCUACGGAGAGGAGCAGUACGAGGACGAACCGGUCCACCUGACCCCAUCCUCCCCCGAUGGCUACGCCAGCCAGUCGCUCCAAUUCAAAGCCAACACCAACUACGUGGACUUCUACUCCACCACACGGAGGCCUUCAAACAGGGCGAACAAGUUCACCGGCUCCCCUGACUCCUGGGUGUAAAAACAAAAAUGGACACCGUGUACGUCGAGCUUCGCCGUCUGUUUCCGUGGGUGUUUGGGUGGGUGCGCUGUAUGGUCGUGUGAAAGGUUGAGGAUGCAUGUGAUUGUGUGUGCAUAUGUGUUGAACCUGUACUGAAUGACCAGGGCUUGGUUUGCUCCAUGCAGCUUUUGACUAAGUUAGACCAUGUGCACAAUAAUGCAGAUAAAUCAAAUCAACAAUUAGUCAAUUAAUCAAUUAGUUAGUCAACAAACACCACACAAUAAAUCCAUUACUUGAGAAAAUAAUAACCAGAUGGAAAUAAUCUUUAGUUUGACCUUCUGGUAAAGUUUCUGGAAACACACAUUGAUAAGCAUUUCUUUUUGCUGAAUUUGGUUAAAAAUUGUUCUAAACCUGACUAAUGAGUAGGUUGUGUUGUAGGUUGCUGUUCACACCUGCACCCAUGUGACUGACAACUCUCACAUGAUGACAUGUGACCUUAACGACUGUUAAGGUAUUACACACUUCAAGAAACUAAAGUAAGUCCAGUUUACUAUUGUUGUGACAUUUCAAAAGGGAUAAUCUAAAAAAAAAAACCCUAAACUUUAUCUGCAUUAUUAUGAACGCGCAGCAUCUUUUCCAUCCGUCUUAGUCAAAAGUUGCUUUUUAAAAUUAAACCCAGCCCUAACCUUGUUGUUCACCAGAGUGUUUGUUAAAGUCAACUUGAUUUAAUUUUUCUCUGCAGUAAAAGUGUGCAGUGUGUUGGCUUUAAGUUGGCAUAGUUAUUGUUUGCCAGCAUCAUCAUGAAGAACCUACUGAUGUUGAGACCACACCUGGGACAAACACUAUUUACUCUGUCUAGGGAUUGACCAUAUUAGCGGCAAAAAUCACUCUAAAACAUUGUUGUUAAAUAUUAUUUGACCCAGGUUUGAAGAAGAGAAACUUACCGAAGAACUUUUAAAGACUCAGAGAACCGGGGUUACAUCGAUAACCCUUUGCUUUUCUGUAUGUUGGCCCAAACUGCAGUAUAUCAUAAAGUAUGUGAAAUAUGUGAUAAAAACAUGUGAAAAUCUAUUUGUACAGAUACAAUGGUUUAACUGUCCUGUUACAUUGUUGUAUUCAAUAUGUAGAACUUUAUAUGUGAUUGUGUGAAGAAGAUUUUUCUAUUAUUUAUUAUUUUUAUUAAUUUACUUGUGACCUGACCAAAAUACCCCAUCUGUCUGUUCUGUCCAAAACUGAUGAUAAUGUGCAAUGUUACAGAGGGAAAUAUAUGUAUAGGGAUUAAAGAUUAUAUCAUGACAAGACAACAAAGUCUUUCAUCUUAUUAAAAAUGACAAAAAAAUCAAAGUUAAAUAUCUUU